GCUGACGAUAUCCAACUGUGUCAUCGAUACCAUUGACGGUCUGUCUGCUUAACAUUGUCUCAACAGAAUCAUUUGUUCAAUUCCAUUCAAAGCAGCUUCAUUCUUCGAACUGCUGCUUUCGACCCGACAAGGUUAGCACGGACCAAUUAAACGAUAAGAACCUUUAGCAUCAUCUCGAAUCAAACAACACACGACCGAGAAAUCCGGUGGUAAGAGUAAUACAAACUUCACGAGGACCUCAGAAAAGAAUGGAAAGACGACUUGUAUGACCUGAAAGCUCCACUUCAGUGUGAUACUGAGUGUCUCAUAGUAGACUGCAACAAAAUGUCGGCCGAGUUCUCAUCAUCUAAUCCUUUCAGAAGAAAGGGACCCUUCGCACCUUCGACUACAUCAUCCUCUUCAAUACCUACUCUCAAUCAUUUCACUCAAUUGGAGACAUCUGCGAAUUCGAGUCCCGAAUAUCCAUAUUCAGAACGACAAGAUGUGCCAAAGAAAAUACCCAAAAGGGUUCGGGUCCAGUCUCCACCACCCCCUUCUCCCUCGAUCCCCGACUCUGCAUCUACUAUAGGGGAUGACGCGGUGCCAUUCGAGAACCCACUGCAAGUAUCCCACGAGGACGAGCAGGACCCUUUUGACACUAUUACAUCUGAUAUUUCAGAGGAUGAGGAUGAGAAUAAAACUCCAAAGACUCGCAUCCUGAAUCCAUUCUCAAAAACAUUGGAAACGUUGGAAAAUCCUGGUCGAGAUGCAUCAAGCGCAACACCUGCAAAACUCCCAAAUCCCGGGAGAGCUUCGAUGGAUGUGGAUGCAUUCAAGAGGCUACUGAUGACAGGAAAUGCGGGGUUGGAAUCUUCUACCCCGCUGCAACCCCCUCCUGUUCAUGCAUUACGCGACGAGGGAAGCAGUAGCACAGAAACGUCUUCUCUUUCACGGCAAUCGAUAUUCGAACCAAUACAAGAUACACAUCCAGAAUCACCAAGAUCAUCACAUGAAAUAUCAGAGCCGGAUGAAGUACGGAGGGCAGUGUCUGAUUCUUCGUCAUUACAUGUGAAGAAGAGACCGCCUCCGCCGAGUUCAAGACAUCAUGGUAAAUUGAUUAAGAUGGAACUGAGGGAUGAGACUACAGCCGUUUCUCCGUUGUCUCCACCACAGUCGAUAUCUGCAACUCCUCAAUACUUUCCUAUUAUGACUUCAACCCCGAAUCGCUCCUUGACAGAUCUCAACAAGCCUUUGCCUCCAGCACCACCUCGUGAAAGUGGUGAGUCCGAACGAGAAUCUCCAUUUGAUAGAGAGUCUGCGGGAAAGACACCAGAACCGCCAUCUCCAUCCUCAUCAAUAAGAAAAAAGGCAGCUCCUCCACCGCCCGUUACCAGAAGACACAGCCAGCUUCUUAGCGACUCAAAAUUGAGUCGAAGUAGUUCCGCAAGACUCUCACCAAGAUUGGAAGAAGACAAUACAUCAGUCUACUCAAUUGAAUCUGGACGACCUCGAUCUAACAGUGGAAAGGCUCCACCUCCACCUCCCACACGAAAACAAGGCAUAUCUCGAUCCCAAUCACAACACGUAUCUUCUUCGCCAUCUGCAACGUCUUUGCCUGUACCACCACCAACAAGAGGCUCCUCAAAGCAUGGUAGAGCACCAUCUAUACACAGCGUUGAACCUCCAAGUACUCAUAUUUCCAAACGCAUCUCUUUACAAGGACCACCGCCGCCACCACGUCCUCGUCAAGCACGUAACAGUCUUGAUGUAUCUCAAAUCACGCCUUCCUCUUCAGCUCGUGCCAGUGGCGAAUAUCGACGAAGUUCUAACUCUUCUUCCAUGUCACAAACUUCACGAUACGAGGAAAGCAAUACCAUAAAUUCUACCAGCGGUCAUACCAAUAUCUUAGCAGACCUCAGUGCAUUACAACAAGAAAUUGAUGCGCUAAGAAAUCAGUCACAGCAACGGCAGCGAAGUGUCACAUGAAAGAUAUGCCUUGCGUAAAAUUAUUUUCCUCCUGAAGUUUAGGCAGGCAACCUCGGGUCACCAAUAUCUGUUAUUGCGUCUUGUAAUCACUACGCAUCAUCGUCUAUACUGGCACAUUGAAAAAGCAUCAAAGCCCUACAAUUGCGGCUGCAGCGCCUUUGGGCAAAUUUUUGGAAUUUGAAUGGUUACAUGUCGAAACAAGAGAAAGGCGGCUUAGAAACUUGGAAUAUCUUGGAACUUGCAACAAUGAUUCCAUAUUUUUCAUGUUUAGUUUCAGAGCAGUAUGGAAUAUUUAAAGUUAGGCAUGACAUAUGAAUACUAUACACUCUGACCUCUUCAAUCAAGGUUGGGUUACUGGGUCUGGACUUCCGACCUUUUAGGGAUAUGGCAUUUGAUUUCUCCAUUCUUGGAACUAUCGAAAUAAAACAAUAAGGUAAUGGGUACGAUACGAGGGGCGAGAACUCGAGGGAUCUAGGUUGUGGAGACAGUCACUACUUGCAGCAAUUGGGAAAUGCAAAGUGUAAUUGUUGAUGGUUAUUGGCGAUUUCUUGUUGGAGUGAAAGGGGUUGCUCGAUGGAUAGACCAUGUUCCGAUCGUCCUUCCACGAAGCUGUCUAAAGCUUCGAGAGGACAUCGUGAAGCGAGCGAGAAGCACAGAACCUCGAAGAACCCUGAAAAAAGCUGAGGAGGCUUCUUGAUCGAUCGGAUCUACGGUGUCACGGGCGGGAAUUUAUUGUUUCGUGCAGGCGGUGGAGUCGGGUGGAGGUUGGUAAAGUGGAUUGGGGGACUGGAUCGUGCGAAGUGCAUUGAUGGAAUACUGUAAGUUUGGAGCUAGGUAGUGACUAAUGGGGCGGAGAGGGGCGGUGAGUGAGGGGUACGGAAUUUCUUCGGGUAUUGUUUUGAAGGCUGGUUGAAGGAUUCAGAGUUCUGGGAUGGUGCUUGAAGACUUUGAAGGGCGAGAAAGGAUGGGUGGAGUUGAGAGGAUACUGGAACUCAAGUACAUGCAUGUGUACCUACUUUGUGCAAUGGUAAUCUUUGUUGGGACUUUGGGGGGUAUUCAAGAUGCUUUGAUUAGAAGGAUCAUGCUGGACAAAGCACACCUUGGAUAAAAUGGAAAAAAGAGAAGUUGUAUACUCCACUAUGCACAUAUGGGAAACUGGAUAAUAACAGAGAAAAAACUUGUAUAUUGUAGUGCGCUAAUUAUAUCAUGGGUUUAAAAUUGAAUAUUUCAAGAAACUAUUACCA